AUUUUUUAUUAAUAAAAAAAAAACUACUUGGUAGUUUAGGAUGACAGACUUUUUAGAAGAGCAAGCUAACGAGCUUGAAGCUCUUGCUUCAAUUUAUCCUGAUGAAUUUGAAGCUAUUAGUGACAAAGAAUUUCGAAUUGCUGUAUAUCCUGAAGAACAAGAUGAAGAGAAUCCCAGGGGUUUAUCUUUACAUGUAACGUAUACACCUAAUUAUCCUGAAGAAUUACCAGAAUAUGAAAUUGAGACCAUUCAGGGAGACAUUCCAGACAAUUAUUAUAAAAAGAUUAAAGAAGCAGUUAAGACAGCUGCAGAGGAUUCAAUUGGGAUGGCUAUGAUCUUUGGUAUGGUAAUGUGCAUGAAAGAAGAAUUAGAUAAUAUCAAAUUAGAUGCAAAGAGAAUAGAAGAGGAAAUUGCCAAUGAAAAAAGACGUAAAGAAGAAGAAGCUGAACAAGCUAAAUUUCAUGGUACUAAAGUGACAAUUGAAAGUUUUAUGGAAUGGAAGAAAAAAUUUGAUGCAGAAAUGUUUGAAAAAGAUGAAGCACUAAAGGCACAAAAAGCAAAAGAAUUAAAGGGGAAAUUGACAGGUCGACAAUUAUUUGAGCAAGAUAGAUCACUUGCAUUAUCGGAUGCUAAAUACAUGGAUGAAGGUGAUGAUUCUGUUGAUGUGUCACAAUUUGAAAAAGAAGAACGUCCUGGUGCUUUGGAUGAAAAUCAAAACGAAGAUGAUGAAAAUGCAGUAUGGAAACGUUUUGAUAAUGAAGAAUAAAGUAUGAAUAAAUAUCCACUAUUUUUGUUUACCCUAAUUCUAUCCAAUGCUGCAAUUUUCUUCGUAUUUUGUAAAUAUGUGCAUUAUGUAAAAUUAUCAUAUAAGAAACUAUACCAAAUACAAAUCAGGACUACAUAUUUGAGAACCUUAGUCCAAGUAGUUUGUAAAGUGGGGGAUUUUUUUUUUUAUUUUUAC